CAUUACAGCUGGAUGUGCUUACUCAGCUCACAGCAGCCAAAGGAAGGGAGACUGGCUGUUCCAAAUGUGUGAUACAGCUUGGACUCACAGAAGCUGUGGCUUUAUCCAGAGAUGUGUUUAGAUUUGAAGAACAGAUUUCUUCCAAUUCAACUGUGAAACAGAGUCACUGAUUGCACGCUCCAGUUAAUGAAAGCCCAAAUCUGGGUCAAAGAUACCUUCUGCGGAGUAAGAAAAGACAUAUAUCAAACUCAGCUCCCUGUCCAAGAGGGUUUGCUGGAUUCUGAAAGUGAAAGGGAUUUUCUGUGUCUGCAGCACCAGCUGAGGCUGAGCUUAUGAAGAGACUGUAACAUUACAGAGUGUGUGACAAAGGUAACUCAACAGCAGGGAUCACAUAAUUUCACUUCAAAGAAACAAACAUUUCAAACAUCAAUGUGAGUUGCAAGAUCCAUGUGGUGAUGGAGCACCGAGAUGUGAUACAGACCUGGUGGCUUCUUCUCAUCUGUUCCAGUAUCAUUAAAGCUAUCACUUUCCCUCCUACUAAAGACUCAGCCAGUGACAGCUCUCUAUUCAGUAAUCCAACCUUUAUUUAUUCGGCUGAAGUUGAGCAGAGCUUGAACUCAGUUGCUAUGAGUGACUCAUCCAACCGCCCUUCUCUGCCUUUGCUUGAGAUGUCCAACAAGAAUUCAGUUCAUGGCACACAUUUCUUCCCACCAAACAUGAGCAAGUCCCCACGACACCUGAGGAGGCCUCUGAGUGAAAAUGGCUUUGAUUUUAGCGGGGAUGAUGAGGAUGUUGACAGUGAGGAUGAUUUCAAUUUUGAAACAACUGAAAAGGACGUUUUUGAAUCUGAACAGUUUAUUUUAGAAAACACAUCUGUUCCACUGGUCCCUUCUGCUCGCAUGAGUGAAAACACUGACCAUUCGUUAUUGAGGCCGUCUGAAAGUACACCAGAUUAUCAAACAAUUCAAACACAUCAAAGUCUCAGAAAUACUCAAGGUGGCAGAAUGGUAGAUGCCAGAACUUUCCUCCAAAGGCCCACAGCUUCAUCUUCAAUUGAUUCCCCUGUUUUCGAGGUCACUGCUCACCACACAGUUCUUGAAAAGCUAACAGACAGACACAUCGCCACCCUUGGGAAAAUGGGUCAAACAUCAACUCAAAUUCAUUCAGCAACUGAGCAACGAUAUUUGCUCACUAGUUCUAAUGCACUUGAAAAGGAGGAGGCUGUUGUACAAUUUGAAGGACAGCCUGAACACACUUCACCUUCAUCGGUUCCUGGUCCUUCUCUUGCACAAAGGGACCAAUCCUUGAUUAAAAAUGAGCCAGACGAGAGUCAUAUGACUCCUGCACCAAUGCAAUCUGCUUCUUCGUUGAUAACAGAAACGGAUUAUUCUCUAGUGACUGGAGGAAGCUCACUCCCUGCUAGACAGCCCAGUGUUGGUGUCACUCUACAAAGCAAUCAGUUAGAUUUCUUGAAUGUGACCAAUGCAUCAGAAGCCAGGAGCCAACACAAUUAUCAGCACACUACUAACAUUGGAGAAAAUGCCCUGAAUUUGCCCAUUUCUUCCACUACUGAACAUCUGGAGCCUGGAAUGAAGAGGGAAAUGGUUGACCAAGUUAAUCCAAGUGAAAGAUCCCUAGCUGUAGUUGACAGUGCAACUACAACACAAUGGCUUAGAUCACCAAUGUAUGAUGCCAGAAAAUCCUCACCUGCCCAUCAAAUUACUGACUCAUACUCUAGCUCGCAACAUGGAUAUGACAUCUACACACAGCCAGCAGAUAACAUGACAACAGUUGUUAAGGUGUUACAAGAUGCACAAUCCCUUGAUAUUCCAAAGGCAGAUGUUGAUGGGGGUUUAACAGCCAGGAAUGAGCUUUCCACAGAGACUGUUACCACUUCCCCAACAGCAGGACUCCAGCACUUGACCAUGAAAGGAUUCAGAAAGGGAGUGACAUCAACUGAGUCAACAAGGACAGACACUUCGACUUAUUUCUUUGCAUUAACUGCACAGAGACACAUGCUGUCUGUAGAAGUUAACCCUGUUCUUACAUCCACCAGAAAUAUGAGAGCAGAGUACACCCCGAGUGGUAGUUACAUGGCAAUGCUGCAGACGAAAUCCACGGUACUACCUCAAAGGCUGACAGCAAAGGUUUCUAACAAAACACACAUUCCUACCACCCAGCAACCUGCGGUUGGCACCAAAUGGACGGCGACCAAUUUGAGUCUACCUCGGACAACGUCGAGAGCUCUUUCACCCACUCCCCGUCCCACCAAAGUGUUUCAAACGCAGACAUCAACUGUGAAAGGUACUGUGACAGUGAAGACAACUCCACCAGUUACCGGCAAGCCUGGAACCCAUCAUAACAUCAUGACAACAACAAUGGAUGGUAAAUCAGGGAACAACAGACAAAGUCCAACCACAAUGAUAGCAGUCAAUACUUCAACUGGUGUCAACACUUCAUCCAAAGGACAGGACUCACAACAUGGAUCAGAACGGGAAAAUAUCAGGCUGGUCAAUGCCCGGAAACCAGAUCACACGUCAAACUCAAAGCCAACUGUUGACAAUAGUUCAGAUGAAUAUAAAUCUUAUUCCCGACUGUGUUCCACAUGGGAUAGGGAGUGCAUCGCCAAUAAAACUUCAGCCCAGUGGAAUGAUCUGAAACAGACAUUGGGCUUUGCGUGGGAAAUGCAUGUUUAUGGGGCUGGAAUACUCUUUGUUAUCCUCAUGCUGAUGUCUCUUAUUAAUUUAAUUGGCUCUCCUAUUUUAUACAUUCCAGAUCUGAGCUAUCUCAUGGCAGCCAAUGCCCAACUCUUUGCAUUGGGUCUUUUAAGAGCUAUUUAUCUGUUCCUUGAUCCCUAUGGCAGCAAGUCCAAGCUUCCUCCGGUAGGUAGUUUGGUGUUGUACAACAUUACACUUCCCCUUCUCAUCACCACCUUUGGCAUUCUUACCCUGAUGUUGCUGAAGAUGGGGAAACUUCAAAUGCUCUCCUCAAACAUACAGAGCCCAGCCUUCUUGGCAGUGAUUGCAGUUAUCCAUUUUGUCAUUCUGUUAAGUGGCGAUCUCUUAUACUUGCUGCUGAAUCCUGCUGUGAAUAUAAUCCUCCAUAUCUUCUCAGUUUCAUGGGGAUCAUUUCUCAUCUUUGCAUUUUUUCUCAUCUGUCGCAAACUCAAGAUUCAAUCGGAAGCCACUGUUGGGCAAAUCCAGCAAUCUACUGUCCACAAUGAGGAAUCAAUUGAUCUCCAGAAUCCAGAGAGGGCACUGAAGCAGCUUUUGAUCUUCACAAGAGUGAUGGCAAUUGGAGGUGUCUUUGGAUUACUUUGCUGUGCACUGCAAGUCUAUGCUAUUUUAUGGAUGUAUGGAAUAUUGGGAGAGAAGGGUCAUUUCUAUUGGUCUUGGUGGUUCCUCCAGUUCUGGUAUCGAUGUUUUGAGAUUGUAAUAUCCUUUGCCAUGUGUUUCGUGACCUCCUAUGCAUUUUGUCAGCACCAAGGCCGGCCUGAUCACAUUUGUUGGAGCAAGAUUGUUCAAUACUUCGAUCGCUACAGGAAGAGGGAAGUGCCGGAAUACCCUAACAACUGCUAUGAUUGGUCAUCUGGAACCCAAGACAGGAUAACCAACAAUGACAUCUGCAAGAACCUUAUACGAAAUCAAUCAGAGAGUAUGCCCCUUAAAGCAUUGAAUGAAACUAAUGAACCGAAGCCAAACAAAAGUUACUGCAACAAAGAUGGCUCCAUGAUCUCUCUGGAUCACAGGCCCAAAAUACCAGUCCUGGGACCCAAAUCUCACAAUUUAAUGAUGGGUCGCUCAUUCACCAGCAUUUGCAUUGAGAAGGAGUCAGUGUUAUCCCUCAAUGUCUUUGACUUACGUCCACCUUCACCCAUCAAUCUUAGCCGAAGCAUUGAUGAAGCUCUUUUCAGGGAGCACAUCCUCAGAGACAGCUUGUUUCACUCUUCCAAUCUUCAGUAUCCCAGCGACAAAUCCGUGGAAAACUCUUCCUCCUCUUUGACAAUACGCAAAACACUUGACCAGGGUAAUGUCACACUGGGGCCAUUAGAGUUCAAGCGUCGCAACAGUGACCCAGACUAUUUGUACAGCCUAGCCAAGUGCAGCUCACUGAACAAUGUCCAAACAGAUACAUCCCAGCAGACCAGCCAGGAUCUUGAGCACACGCAAGCACCCAGCAGGUUGCACCGGUCAGCAUCCAGCAGUUCCUUGGACAGUGCUUCUAAAACAUCCUUUGGAAUCCAUUGGUACUCAUGGACACGUAACCAUUCCUCUGGCGAGAGUGUCCCCUCUGCUGACCCAGCUAGUGAGAGCCUCCUCCCGCCAAGCAAGAAUUUAGACAGUUCUGAAGUGAAAUUGGUGACAGAAGACCCCAACCUUGAAGCGCACAAGAGCUUUAUAGAAAUAAGAGUGAUUGAUGAUGUCAGUCUUUCUAGUGAUACCAUUGAACUUUAAUCCUUGGGCACAAGUUGGUUUGUUUAAUAGUAUUUGGAGAAAAUAUCAGAUCUGGUUGAAUUCCAGGCAUCUUGCAAUGUUUUUAAUAAGAACAAAGGCUCAUGAUUACCACUGAUUGAAAGGAGAGUAACAAGACAUGCAGAGAAAGGAGCAAGAAUACUUCGUCCUCAUUCACUGAAACUUGGUCAGCUCUUCACUCUCUGAUUGUGAGGCUGAAUGUUUAGUUCAUUCGACCAAAUUGGAUUUCUGUGAUCUAUCAACGUAUUGCAUUUCAAUAUUCAUUUGCAGUCACUUGAAGUCCAUUGUAACACUAAACAAAAGUAACUUUUAUAGGUUAGCACUUGAGUCUGAGACUAAUAACAAUCUUAAAAUUGCCCAACUAUCGUGAAAAGUGCUUAACCUGUUAUAAGGAGGCAGUUGGGAUAAUGAAUAGAUACAUUCUCGUUGCAAAAGAAAAUCUAUUUUCUUGAUUUGAAGCAAAAAUCGUCACGUGCUCGUAUUAUGAAGGAACAUGCUAUAUGAUUGUUUAGCACUUUAUUGGUCUGUCUCAGAUAUUGAAAUGCCAGAUUUCCUGAGGACACCACAACAGUCAUCCAGGAAAGUAUUAUGUGAACACACUAUUUUACCAUUAGUCACAUAAAUCUUUGAAUACCCUUACUAUGGAGGUAGGCACCAACUCUUUCUAUAGAGAAAAUGGUUCUGGAGCAAGACGUCAUCUUUGAAAUAAAAUAGAUUUCAAGAAUUACACAAUACAGACAAAAGCUGUUUAAUCCAGCAUCCCUGUGCCAGAUGAGGCCACUCACCUGAGAAAGAUUUGCAUUUAUAUAGUACCAUUCAUGCCCUCAAGAUAUUCCAAAAUCCUUCAUAGCUAAUCAAGCAGCUCUGAGGGGUAAUCACCAUUGUAAUUUAGGAAAUGUAGGCAGAGGGAGAUAAUUAAAAGCAGAGAGUGAGAGGGAGAAAGAGAAAGAGGCAAGAGAGGGCUAAGGGGAGAAACCCUGCCUGUUUUACAGCAUUGCAACCAGUGUCCUCUGUCACAAUUGACUUUUGUUGUGGUAAAUAUCAGAGUUUGUUGGAAACAUCUACAGAGUUGUGCCAUUCAGUUGAUCAAAUAUAUUGUUUGAAGGAUUCACCAGCUGUUGUAGGGUUUUUCCAGUAUGGUGUUUAUUCAGCUCUCCUGUUUCUAACAGUGGCUAUUGUAUUUCUGAAAUUAAACUGCCAGGAUUGUUUUCACAGAUCAAUUUGAGAUGGAUGAGUUGGAAAUGUUAAUCACUGUGUUUUACUCAAUUCUGCGAUCCUUGUACUUUCCCCCAUCCACCAUUGUUUUUGAACAUGAUAGGAAUGAGGGAUUACUUCAUAAUGAAAAUAGUCUCCUGUCUCCGCCAGACCCCUAGUUUCUUUUCUUUUCAAAAUGCUAAGAGCAAAGUGUAUUUUUCAAUUGACGUCACUUGUUUGAUGGCAAAGUUUUCACUGCUUCCUCACAUGUUACAAGAUGUCUUUUAAGUCAUAAUCUGCUGGCCAAAUCAGAACAAAGAAGAAUGUCUUGCAUAAAGCUGACAGAAGCAAAUCAUUAUGUGCAUAUAUACCUGCUAUUGCUAUGAUCAGAUCAUCUCCAGUAGGUUUAUAAUAGAUUGCGUGGUUUGGGCUGAACUGGAGUCUGUGGUAAUGAAUUCCAUUUAAUUUGAAUUCUCUCCUACUUGAUUCUAUUUGAACUUUUAUACUUAGGAAUCCAUUUGUUUCAUUAUUAAUCAUAAAUCAUAAUUCUAAAGGGGGUACAGAGCAGAGGGACUGGGGUGAAUGUGGAAAAUUCAUUGAAUGGGGAAGACAGGUUGAGGAAGUAUUUAAUUAUGUAUGUAGGACCCUGUAACAAUAGGCAUAGGUUACCAAAGCAAUAGAGUUAAUGUGACCCUGCAUAAAACACCAAUUCACCAUCAUUUGGAGUAUCGUGUUCUGUUCUAGGCAUCACAUUUCAGGAAUAUUGUGAAGGCUUUACAGAGGGUGCAGGCAAGGUUGGUGAGAGUGGUUUCAGUAAUGAAGGAGCUGAAAAUGUGUUGCUGGAAAAGCGCAGU